UUCAGUUUUUUCGUCCUGCGUAUUACGUUUCUAGUGAAGUUGAAGUUGCUCUGUAUUGUGUAUUUUGUUACAAUAAUACAAGUGUACGAGAAGCAUAAUAUAACGCUGUAUAAAUUCCAUGAAUUAAGCUCAACUUACGAAGUCACGCAAGCGCAGUACAAGAAAAUUUUUACGUCGUUAAAUUGCAGUUCAUAGAUGUGCUAUAUUUCGGUGUAUUAUAUUUGUCUUAAAUGAAUUAUAAGCUUUAAGCUUUGCUUUCGAAAGUUAUGUUAUGUUGUAUGAUGAUAAUUGCAAACUGAAUACAGUGUUCGUGUUGGUGACGAAGUGUUCGAAGAGAUAAACGUUGUGAAGUUCGGUUAUCAAUGUUUUGGUUAUGAAUAUCAUUCUCUAAGCGUAACGAGUAUCGAUGUGUUAAUUUGUUUUAAACAGUUUUAUAACUAAUUCGUGUCUUAUAUAUUAAUUAUUGUAGUCUAAUUGCGGGCAUCGUUGUUAUUGUAAUAGCACGAUUCGUGUUUACCCAGCUGUAUAAUAUCUAACACUUUCGAAACAGCUACUCGUUUUCUUAGGUUGUUAUCAUUAAAAUAAGUAAUAAUGUUUUCUGGAUUAACUAAUCAAGUUACUAAUUGGAUGGGUAAAAAACAAGAAGAAGAUGUUCCAAAAACUGAAGGUGAAUCAUUGUCACCUAAAGAAGAAGAAAAUAUCGAAGUUCCUGAAAGAAAAGAAUCUGGUGCAACGAAAGCGAGUCGUUUAGAAAUGUUGGGAAAUGUUAAAAACCAAAUGACCAGUUGGAUCGGCGGUGGAAUAGCGAGCUUGAGGAAAACAUCUGAAGGAGAGGCUGUUCCGGCCAAUGCUGAAUUACCACCAGAGUCACCUGUUUCAGAAACAUCUGUUAAAGGAUCUAUCAAAGAGAAAGAUGACGAUGAUAAUUCUAGUGCCACUGGUGGAGCUGAUAGCGAAAAUUUGAUUUCCGAUGAUGAAGAAGGAGCUAAAGAAGAAGGAUUUGCCGGCGGAGCAGUUUCAACCAAAGCUUUACAAGGUGCGAAAAGUUUUGGCAGUUUUUUGUAUACUGCUGUGAAUAAAGCGGGUAAAACAGUAACAGAAGCAGGAGCUAAAAUCAAAAAGACUGUAGAAGAAAAUAGCAUUUUAGGAGAAUUCAAUAAAGAGCAAGAAGCCUUCAUUAAAGAUAAAGAAGCCAAAGGAAAUGGUACCGCUGUACCUCCUUGGUCAGGUUGUCCGAAUGAAGCUGCGCUGAAAGAACAGUGUCUCUCAUUGUCAACAGAUAAAAAGAAUUUUGUAAGAAGUCCUCCAUCGGGAGCCGAUUUUCAAUUUGAUUACAAAGUAUCUUACCCCGUUGCCAUGGCAACUUUAGCAGAAGAUCCAAAUCUUGAAAAAAUGCGGUUCGAAUUGGUGCCUAAAGUUAUUAGCGAAGAAAAAUUCUGGCGAAAUUAUUUUUAUCGCGUUAAUUUGAUUUGCCAAGCUAAUGAAUUGUCUUCAAUGGCUGCUUCAGAAGGGCAGCAAUCAUUAUCAAAAACUGAUGAAAAUCCAAAUGUCAACGUUCCAAAUGCAUGCGCUAGUAUGACCCGUUUAGAAGAUGAAUCUUCACAAAUCACUGCUGAAUUUGUUUCCGAUAAUUUUACCGCUUCACAAAAAGAUAUCGAAGAAGUAGAAGAAGGUAUGAAGAAACUUGGUAUGAGAAGCUCUCCUACUACUGAAGAAGAACGCGAAUGGGAGAAAGAGCUCGACGAAGAAUUACAAAGUUUCGAAGUUGUUGACGGUGCUAACAACGAUAUGCAGUGGAAAAGUCAUUCCGAUGAUAUUCUAGAUUCGGAUGAAAUAUCGGAUCUUAAGUAAAUAAACCUAAUUACUUGUUAAACGCGUUUGUUUCUAGCGUUCUUGUCAUUUGUAAAGUAGUCCCGUAUGUGUACGAAUACGAUUGCAAACUGGACAGUUAUAAAAUUUGUCUUAUUGCGGUCAUAUUUUACGAAUUGUAUAAGCGUACUCCGCCUAUGCUCUGUAUAAGCUUUAACCUUCUCUUCCUUCGCUAUAAAAUACUUAUUCUUUCAUUCAUCGCAUUAGGCUUGAUUUCGUUGUUAUUAAACAAAAAACAGAAAAAAACAAAAAAAAAACGAUAUCGUUAUAAUUUUAAUUUAUAAAGGAGAUAUGUAAUAUCAAAAUUGUGAAUUGAUAAUAAUUACCGUUAUUGAUAUUUAUAUAGGCUUGAAAAUUAGAUGCGUUAGUGAUUUUUAUAUUCUAAGUUCAUCUUUCGUCUCGAAUCGAGUAAAAAAAAUUAUAAUCUGUUUGAAUUCUACGAAAAAUUGAAAUUGGAAAAAUUACAUUGACAAGAAAAAUAUCAACACGAUUGUGUAUUAUUUUGUUUUGAAAUUUAAAACAUGUCAAUUAUUCAGUAACAAUAUUUUAUUGAUAAUUUCGAAAAAUUGUAUCGUAUAGGAAAAAGAAAAUCACUCGUUACUCCGUUCAUUAAACGGUACCUAUGUUGUUUUAUCGAUGAUGUUAGGUGGUAUUUAUAUGUGCGCAUCAUAUCAUUCCAUUAUCUUUUUAUAACGCCAAUUUUUAUUAUUUCGCUAUACCUACGUAUUGAAUAUCGCUUACUUCUUUCUCCUACUCAGCCAAAAAAAAAAAAUAUUUGAGAACGUCUCCGAGUAAUUUUUUACGAUAUUUAUGGUUUAUAUUGUUAUCAAGUUAUUCUUAUUAAUGUUGUGAAUGUUAAAAAGUAUGUUAUUUUCUUUAAAUCUAGUCAAUAUUUUUAUUCGUUUUAUUUAUUGCUGUGGUUUUUGUAGCAUUUAAGUCUAUAUUCAAGUUACUUAUAUACUUGUAUUGUUAACGUUUUGAGGUUUUGUUUUAUAUAAAAUAUUGUAAUGGUAAAUUCAAUAAUUUCGCUUUUAGACGUUUUCUAUUUCAGGAUUUCCUUGUGCUAUGCCGAUAUCGUAUAACGUUUUAAAAUUCCAAAUUUCUCCAUUAGGCCAUGAAGUCUUUAAAAGUGUUUCCACUUGUAUACGAUGUUGGUAAUAUUUAUGCACAAUUAGAAUUAGAUUUGAUAGGUUUUGAAUAUGGAUUAAGUAUUUAAAAUGGUAUGAACAUAUCAUGCCGAAUUCCAAUUAUUACUCACAGGCUGUCGAAAAAAGUUCCCUUCAUUAUACGAAACGCAAUAGCGUAAUUUUAUUUUAAUUAUUAAAAUUUUUCUCCUCGCUGCGAUCGCUUUUUAUUCUUACGAAUAUGUAUGUACUUCUAAUAGGCGUUUAUUUGGCGGAUUGUUUUGUUUCGUAAAGAUGAAUCGUUAAAGGAGAAUUAUCGUAUGAGAUGAUUUAAAUGUUAUUAAUCACUCUAUGUCGGAGUAAGUGUACAUUUGAAAUCUUCUCGCCUUCUUUUUUUCCUAUUUAUUAUGUAUUUUUCUUGUUUAAAUUUCUUCGUUUUUCCAAAUUUUUGACAUGAUAUGCUAAUAUGUGAUCAUUGUAUCAAAUAUUUUCAAAUAUUUAUAAUUUUUUUUAUGUUUAUGUUUGUACUUACCAUUACUUACCUUAAUGCUUAAAAGAAUGGUUAUUCGCUUAUCUAUUAUAUACGAAUGUUUCAUUAUAUAAUAUUCUCUACCGUUUAUUUUUCUUUUAUAAUGAUUAAUUGUUACUUGUAGCUUGAAUAUAAUUAAAUAAAGCUAUUUAUACCUA